GACUUGUUGAAACCACGUAAAGCUGUUUCCCCUAUUCGCCAACUCCCUCUAAACCCCUAAAACCCUAAUUAUUACUGACUUGGCUCACUAGUUCCUUCUCCCACCCAAAACCCUACCCAUUUUUUCUUUUUCUUUUUUUUUAAACUCAAUUUCUAUCGAAAUCUCUGCAGCGGACGUGAAAGGAGAAACUCAGUUUAUUCAAGAAUGAUUACGUCUCUGUUUUUCUGGAUUUACAAGAAUGGUGGGGCUUUCUGUUGGAGAAAAACAUUUCAUACAAGGUGGAAUUGCUCAAGACCUUCGUUCGGAUGGUCGAAAAAGGUUAACUUACCGACCCAUAUAUGUUGAAACUGGAGUUAUUCCUCAGGCGCAUGGUUCGGCAAGAAUUAGGCUUGGUGCAACUGAUGUUAUUGCCAGUGUUAAGGCAGAGCUUGGAAAACCAAGUGCAUUGCAACCUGACAAAGGAAAGAUUGCUAUAUAUGUUGAUUGUAGUCCAACUGCAGCACCAAUGUUUGAGGGUAGAGGGGGUGAGGAGUUGUCAACAGAACUCUCAGUUGCUCUGCAGCGUUGCCUCUUAGGUGGUAAAAGUGGAGCAGGAUCUGGAAUCGAUCCCUCAUCUCUGGUGAUUGUGGAAGGAAAAGUUUGCUGGGAUCUCUAUAUUGAUGGGCUUGUUAUUAGUUCAGACGGGAAUUUGCUAGAUGCCCUUGGUGCUGCCAUUAAGGCUGCUUUAAGCAAUACUGGCAUUCCAAAGGUCAAUGUUGCAUCCGAGACAUCAGGUGAUGAGCAACCUGAAGUCAACAUAAGCGACGAGGAGUUUUUACAGUUUGACACGUCUGGCAUCCCUGUCAUUGUUACACUGACGAAGGUGGGGAGGCACUAUAUUGUCGAUGCUACUUCAGAAGAGGAAUCCCAAAUAAACUCAGCUAUCUCAAUUUCAAUUAACCGGAAAGGGCACAUUUGUGGCCUUACCAAACGAGGUGGCGCUGGCCUCGAUCCAAGUAUUAUUCUUGACAUGAUAUCUGUAGCAAAACAUGUAAGCGAGCAACUAAUAAACAAAUUGGAUUCUGAGAUUGCUGCCGCUGAAGCUAAUGAAGAGGAAUCAUGACUUUGUUUUCAGAAGCUUUGGUACCCUUAAAAAAUUUGUGGGUUACUAUUGAACUUAAUCCUUUUCUGGGUUGGGAGAAAUAGGAUUUGGAAUCUGUUGUAUAAUUUUUUUUCAUGUAACAACCAUAAUUGUCAGUCUGCAGUAUAGGUUAAUGAGAUGAUUUUCUGAUUUUUCUUUUUCAUCCUUUUA